AUGUGCGGGCGGCCAUAGCGGAAAGUCUGUGUGCUUCUGGGUUGUGCUGUUUUGCCGGCUGCCGGAGACCCCUUACUUUCCACAGACCGACUACCUACUCUUAACGUUUUGUGUUCUGUUUUGCAGACCCCCCCGGAUAGACGGCAGAAUGUCUCGAAGGUAUGACUCCAGAACGACCAUAUUCUCCCCGGAAGGGCGCCUGUACCAGGUGGAAUAUGCCAUGGAAGCCAUCGGUCACGCCGGUACCUGCCUGGGAAUUUUGGCAAACGACGGCGUUCUGCUGGCCGCCGAGAGACGCAACAUCCACAAGCUCCUCGACGAGGUCUUUUUUUCAGAGAAGAUAUACAAGUUGAAUGACGAUAUGGCUUGCAGUGUUGCUGGAAUCACGUCAGAUGCCAACGUUUUGACAAAUGAACUCCGAUUAAUCGCUCAAAGGUACCUGCUGCAGUACCAGGAGCCGAUCCCCUGUGAGCAGCUGGUGACCGCUCUCUGUGACAUCAAACAGGCUUACACGCAGUUUGGAGGGAAGCGCCCGUUCGGCGUCUCUCUUCUUUACAUCGGUUGGGACAAACACUAUGGCUUUCAGCUGUACCAGAGCGACCCCAGCGGCAAUUACGGAGGAUGGAAAGCCACGUGCAUCGGAAAUAACAGCGCGGCAGCCGUGUCGAUGCUGAAACAGGAUUACAAGGAAGGCGAGAUGACUCUGAAGUCAGCGCUUGCCUUAGCAGUUAAAGUCCUCAACAAGACCAUGGAUGUUAGCAAAUUGUCUGCUGAAAAAGUGGAAAUCGCCACAUUGACAAGAGAGAACGGAAAAACAAAGAUCAGGGUUUUGAGGCAGAAAGAAGUAGAAGAACUAAUAAAACGACACGAAGAAGAAGAAGCGAAAAUCGAACGCGAGAAGAAGGAAAAAGAACAGAAAGAAAAAGACAAAUGAACUUCGUGAAGAAAAAAAAUGUUAAUGUCUGCGCACAUUUAUAUAUUACAGCAGUUUGGGUUUUUUUUUUGUAAUUCUUAAAUAAAAAGAAAAGUGAAACUAG